CAGGUCUAGGAAUUUAAGCCUUCAUUCUCCCCUUUGGUCUUUUCCGAUCUCCACCUUUAUUUCUUUUAGCCUUUCCCCCUCAAAAUCCCAACACUACUUAAUAAAGUGACUACUCAUCACACUACAUCACAUAACACAUUACACUUUCUUUUCUCUAGCCAAAAACCAAAAAAGAAAAGACACCCCUUUUGAUUUUCUCGGUUUAGAGAGUGAACAUAAGAAAAAAAAAAUAUGGAUUAUGGAAUUUUUUCAGAUUCAGAAUGUAGUAGUGGAUGUGAAUCUGGUUGGACUUUAUACUUGGAAAAUUCUGUACUUCCUCCUAUUACUUCUUGCAAUGCCAAUAAAUUUUCACCUUUUUGUGAAGCUGAAAAGAGUGUAAAAACAGAACAAGAUGAAGAGGAAGAAGAAGAGGAGGAUUUGUCUAUGGUUUCUGAUGCAUCUUCUGGACCUCCACAUUUUAAUGAAGAAGAUCAAGAUUAUGGCCACAACAAUAAUGGCUUCAUUUUUCAUGCUCCCAUUAAUGCCACAUUGCCUAAAAACAACCCCAAAAGGCAAAAAGCAAAGGGAAAAAAACAGCAAACUUCUGCACUGGAUGAUACAGCUAGCUCUCCUUUUUUUGAUUUCUCAAAUAACAAUUUUACAAUCACCAAUGGCACAGCUUCAGUGGAUAAUGUAUUGGACUUUUCACAAGGUUAUUCUACAACUCAUUUUCAGAGGAGAUCUGCAUAUGCAUAUCAGGAGCAAUAUGAUUUCUUCCAAUCAUCUCUGUUACCUGGAAAUCAAAUACAAGAAAACCAGUGGUCCGAAGGGAAAAGGUGGGGAUAUUAGCAGCUAUCAGUUUUAGCACAUGUUGAUGAUGUCUGCAGCUACGAGAAUGUUUAGAAAGAGGGGAAGGAGUGAAAAAAAAUUGUUUAAGCAAAAGGAAUUGGAUAUCAAAAGGGAUCUUGUUCCUCUUCUUUUUCAUUUUUUUUAAAUUUUUUUGCUGUCAAUGCAGUGGGAAACAACUUGAAAGAAGAAGUUGGAAUUCCUAUUCCUCUAUCUUAGAAUUAAGUUUGUUGCAAAUGAAUAGUGAAAUAUUAGCUUUUGAACUCA